AUUCUAACAAACGAGCAAAACACAGGACACCUAUCAAGCUACAACUCUGUCAAAACAAAAAAGAUAUUUAGGAGAUAUUCGGGCAAAUAUUCAGUCGCUAGACUUUUCCACUGCCACCAAGAGCCAAGAGUUUGAACCUCGUUCAACAGCAGUAUGGAGGGGUAUGCGAUGACACAUGGAGACAUGGAGAGGGGCCCUGUGUACAACACAACGGUGACAGCUAUUGCUGAGGGAAAGGCCUCCAGAGGUUGGCUAUGGAGGCUGUGUGGGGUCCUCUUAAUAGCAGCUUUAUGUGCGGCAGCAGCCCUGCUCUUUGCGUGGUUUCAGCAUGGAAGACUGGCAACGAUGCAGGACAAAAUGGAGCCUCAACUGGAGAUACUCAUUGGUGCAAAAGAUACCCACCAUACAUUGAAGCAGAUUGCCGGCAAUGCAAAAGCAGCCAUCCAUUUAGAGGGUGAAUACAAUCCUAAUCUUACCGCUGACACUGUGCAGUGGAGAAAGGAUGACGGCCAGGCUUUUUCCCAGGGCGGGUUCGAGCUACAGGGGAACCAAAUCCUCAUCCCACACACUGGGCUCUUCUUCGUUUACAGCCAGGCUUCGUUUAGGGUCAAGUGCAAUGGCCCGGGCGAGAAUACCACUCCUCUGAGUCACGUUAUUUGGCGCUAUUCGGACUCCAUCGGGGUUAAUGCUAAUCUUCUUAGCGGGGUAAGGUCAGUUUGUCAACGAAACUACGGUGAUGCUGAGUCCAAUAUCGGCGAAGCCUGGUACAAUGCGGUUUACCUUGGUGCAGUGUUUCAGCUGAAUGAAGGGGACAAACUGUGGACUGAGACCAAUCGACUGACCAACGUGGAGCCAGAGCAGGGCAAGAACUUUUUUGGUGUGUUUGAACUAUGAUGAGAGAGAGGCAGGCCAGAGAUGAAUAUUUGUUAAAACAGUUUUAUGUUAAAACUCUUAUUUUAGUGUUGCAAUUUUAUGGUAACUGAGCAAUCUCAAAGGAGAUAGGUCUAAUCGUAAUGGUUAUUUUUGUAAAAUGCAAUUAUUAUUGUUUGUCCAUACGUGAUUGUCCAUUCUCUGUAUUGUAGAUCUUGCACCAAAUAAUAUUAUGUCUUCGGGUUAUUUAUAUUAACUUAAAAAAAUUAUAUUUACUAUUUAUAUGAAAAUACAAUAGGCUACUAUGGAGUACUGUAGUAUAAGUUAUUUUGAUUUACAUAUGUCUAGCAGUAGCCUAUACUAGGCCUAUCAGAAUAUAUUAUUACAAUAUUAAGUUAUUUUAUUUACUGUACUGAUGUACUAAUGUUUAUUUAAAUGUUAUUGUGUGUAUUUUAUUUGUCACCUAUUCAGAGUGCUUGAAUCAACUAAUAAAUUCCAAAUGUUCUCAACUUUA